CUGUCAUCUGAUCAACCUGUAGAAGACACCCAGCUGAACAUAUUCCCCGACAGUGAGAGACAACAGUAUCUUUAAUAGCAGCUGCAGAUGAUGACGUUCCUCCUCUUCCCCCUCCCCCUGACCUCGGACCACAGUAAAAGAGGAAGCUGUGUCAUCCUGCUGCUCCUCGGCCUGCUGAGCUGCAUCACCUCGCUGCCUUCACCACGAAUCUCCUUCACCCGCGACUCUGUAGACCGACCGCUGCUCCACUUUAGCCUCCCUGAUGUCCACAAUACCACCACACUGUUGCUAAGCAACGACGGUUCCACCUUGUACGUGGGGGCACGGGACGCCGUCCUCUCAUUGGACGUCAGUCAGACCGAUGAUAUCACCCUGAAGAAGAAGGUGGAGUGGAGUCCAUCAGAGGCAGAAAUAAACGCGUGUCAAUUUAAAGGGAAGAACCCAACGGUCGACUGUCCCAACUUCAUUCAUGUGUUGCAGCAGAUAAACUCAACCCAUCUCUACGCCUGUGGCAGUUACGCCUACAGUCCCCAUGAUGCCUACAUCGAUGUUGAAACCUUCUCCAUAAUCCAACAUGAUGGUGCUAAAAGUCGCUGCCCAUUCAACCCCUUCCAGAGGAACACCGCCAUCACUGUCGAUGGGGAACUGUUCACCGCCACAACCACCGACUUCAGAGGAGUCGAGCCACAGAUUUCUCGUCACUUCAGCAAAGAUGGCCGUCCAGAUGUCAGCCAAGACUCGUCUGUCAGCUUACUGGAUGACCCGACCUUUGUCAGCUCGUCGUUGGACCCAGCAGAGAGGAAACUCUACUUCUUCUUUAGUGAAGUUGGGAAAGAGUUCAGCUUCGUAGAAAAGCUGCAAAUUGCACGGGUGGCCCAAGUCUGCAAGGAUGAUGUUGGAGGACAGAGGACUCUGCAGAGGAAGUGGACGUCCUUUGCCAAAGCCCCUCUGCUCUGUCAGUUUCCUAAACAGCUUCCCUUCAACAUCCUCCAGGACAUGUUCACCCUCCAGCCACCAGAGACCAGCAACACCUUAGACACUCUGUUCUACGGCGUCUUCACCUCCCAGUGGUCCUUGAGUCCAGAGUCGGCUGUGUGCGUCUUUAAGCUGCAGGACUUAAAGACGGUAUUCACUGGGAGCUACAGGACCUUCAACAUGCAGACCCACCAGUGGAGUCCACUGCAGGGAAAACACUCCUAUCUGGGACAGUGUGGACUAGAUAAGGAUUCAGAUUCUAGUUUAGCAGAGGUGAAGAGGAGUUUCCUGACCAGCAACAGUGUGAAACCAUUCGGAGAUGGUCCGAUUGUUGUUAAUUCAGAGCAGAGCUACAGUCGUGUGGCUGCAAUGAGGACACAAGCAGCCAAUGGCAAAGAGUAUACCAUCCUUUUCCUUCUUACAGAGUCUGGAUUCCUCCACAAAGUGGUUUUGUUUGAACAGGGUGCACAGGUCAUUGAGGAGAUUCAGGUCUUCACACAACCUCAGCUGGUCAAAAGCAUGGUCCUCUCCUCCUCCAAGGGAGUUCUUUAUGUGGGGACAUCGGAGGGCGUGACCGCUGUUCCUGUGGCCAAAUGCUCCAUCUACAGAAGCUGUACCCAGUGUGUCCUGGCCAGAGAUCCUCUCUGUGGAUGGAGCCGGACCAGGAGGGUCUGCACCGGUCUGGACAGCAGUCCUGAAAACAUGACUCAAGUCCUAGAAAACAGCAAUGUGGAAGAGGAAUGUGAUGGACAAACAGAGGCCAGUGUGAACACAGACAUCAACAUUCAUUUGAAUGAAGUGGUGAGGCUUAAUUGUCUGAAACCUUCCAACCUGGCCACCCUCACCUGGACUUCCCCUCAAUUCAAAAUCCUUCCAAAGGAGCUCUUCAUCCAAUCAGCUGACGGCAACCUGACCUUCCAUGCCAGAACCAACACCUUUGGAACCUACCACUGCGAAGCAUGGGAAGAUGGGCACAAGGAAGUAGUCAAAAGCUAUGACGUCCGACAGAUUGUUUCUCCACGUUCCAUGAACCCUGCUUCAGGGGUCGACCAUGUGUCUGACACCACAGAGGAGUCCUAUGACAUACCAGUGACCUCUAUGAUACCACCUUCAGGAGACCCAGGGGACUACCCAUUAAAGAACAAAGGUGGUGAACCUGUCAUUACUGAAGACAAAGCCAAAACUAACAAAGCAGAGCCUAAAUUCAAAAACACCCCUCAUGGUGAUGGUUUGGGCUCCAUAUCGACCCCCGGAAAAGAUGCUCACUCUGGGAAGGAACCACUCAACACUCCAAAAGAGAAGAGUUACCACAGCGAGCUGGUUGUUGUUUCCCUCAUGCUGGCGACCUGCAUCUGUAUCCUGAUUCUAGCUGGGCUCCACAUGUGGCGCCAAAGGAAGACGGACCCUAAACUGGAUGGUCACGUCAGUCUGGAGGAUGGCAGCAAGUUGAAUAAAUCCAUGGAGAGUGUUCCCUCUCUGAGCUCGCCAGAGGAUGCUGGACCUGAACUGAAGGUGGCGGAGUAACACUGUUUAAUGAAGGACAUCUUAAUUCAAACUUUGCUGGUUCAGCUAAAGCAUUUGCCUUCAAGAGCUUGUAUCAUAAUUAGAACCUGACCGAGAUGGGAUUUUUGAGAACAAUACUGAUACAGAUUUCAAAGGGGAAAAAUUCACUGAUUACUGAUAUGGCAGUUGAUAUUGUGAAUUUUUCAGCUGGAAAGAAAAUAGAUCUAUUCUAUGUGGAUUAUGCACUGAUUAUGCACCAAUAUGACUAUGCAAAGGUACUCAGAAGGCUGCUUUCUUAAACAAAUUGGUGAUGUUCUUUUGACUGGAUUUGCUAGAUCCCUGGCUUGUCUUUCCUUUGCAUGUAUUGUGGAUAACUAUAAUACCAUCUUUGGAGAAAUAGUCCCACACCUUUGCUGUCACUUUUCAGUCAUCUGUAGGUGAUAGAGGAAAGAACAAUUUUUAGAUGGACAUUUUUAAGUGUAGAGAUAACAGCUAAUUUUAACUGAUCAUAUAUUUUACAUAUAAAAUAUUGAUCUGAGAAGUAACUACUUACUAUAGCUGUGAAAUAAAUGUAGUGGAGUAAAAAGUAAAAUAUUUCCUCUGAAAUGUAGUGGAGUGGAAGUAUAAAGUAGCUUAAAAAGCCAUGGAAAUACAGGUAAGUACAAGUACCUCUAAAGUGUACUUAAGUACAGUCCUUGAGUAAAUGUACUUAGUUACAUUCCACCACUGCUCUCUAUUAAACCACGUAUUCUCUACUCUGUCCAGCUGUCUAUGAGCUUCAUGCUACAGCUUUGUUCUGAUUCUAAACCAUUACUUCAAUGGAUUGAACUCUAAUCAGAAAUGCUUUUUUUCUUGCUUAUCAAAUGUCAUCUUUAGCAAUAAUUAUUGUUAAUUGUUAAAUAUUUUUAAUGUAUAACAUUAUCGGUUACAAACAGCAAGUCAUGGUUCACUGCUGCUGAGUCGAGAUGAACAGCUGCAGCAGUGUUACAUCAUAUUCUGCUAUAUAUGCUAUAACUUUCAACCCCUGAAAACCAGAAAACCAGACUCUUAAAGUUUAACUUUUGUAAAUGCAAUUACUGUAAUUGUUUGGUUGGAGGGCAUACCUUACCUGAUGCAUUCCUUUGAAUUUGCUACAAUACUGACUCUACUGACAAACUAUAACUCAGCAGGCUUACUUACUUACACCACCGUGUGCUCAGCUGUGAUGCAUACUCUGCCUUGUAUGCUGCAGACAGUGCAGAGAGUAUUGUAAAUAAUGGAGUCAGAGCAUGCUCUGCUGGACAAACUAUGUGAUGACAACAGUUCUAAAUCAUAGUUUUCUACAUUAUAUGUUCUGUUAAAAAAGCUUUCAUGUUGGCGCAUAUCGGAAAACAUAUAUGCUGAUACCAAUAUAUCUGUGAUAGGCCCCUAUUGGUCAAUAAUAUUGGCCAGCAGAUAAAUUGGUCGGGCUAUAGUCAUGAUAUUGAAAGGAACUGUACAAGAAAUACCCCAAGGAAAUUUAUUAUUUUUUGAGUACCUUGUUGUAUUUGUCUGUGUGUGUGUGUGUGUGUGUGUGUUGAUGUUGUGCUGUUCUGCUUAUAUCUUUCUGGAAAUUCAGUAAAAACUUAAAUGGGGAAAAAAAAAAGGAACUGUCUAAAGUUUUAGUGAAGUACUCCUGUUAAUUGUCAGCUGAGAAGACAGAAAUUAGUUUAAUCUCUGUGCAUCCAGUACAGACAUAUUUCCAGGAUCUAUUUAGCCUAGCUUAUCACAGACCAGAAAUAGGGACAACUGUAAGCCUAGCUUGAUUAAAAGUGAAAAAAAUCAUUGACAACUCCAAAUCAUUUUCUAGCACUUGAUUUUAUGCCAUCCAACAGUACAGUAACCACUUGUGUAGUAUUAGCUCAGACUAAGUGUUUGAAAGUUCAGUUAAAAGCAGAAACUUUUGGCUUCCUGGUGGCCUUUGGGUUUAAUAUGGUCAAUGGUACAACAUGUAAUUGCAAUGUCUGUCUGGCAGCCUCUGUGAUCCCCCUUCUGCCUCCCUCUGUUUCCUGUCACUUCUAUGAAUAAAAGGUUAAAAAAA